AACCACUCCACUCAACCCUCACUUUCUUUCCGGUUCAUUUGCAACAGCACAAACCGUCACAAUGUCAGGUCAACAACAGGACAAGUCCUUUAUGGGCAUGCCCGGCUUCGUCGUCGACUUCUUGAUGGGUGGUGUUUCCGCCGCCGUCUCGAAGACCGCUGCCGCUCCCAUUGAGCGUGUCAAGCUUCUCAUCCAGAACCAGGACGAGAUGUUGAAGAGCGGACGUCUCAGCCACAAGUACGAGGGUAUCGGUGACUGCUUCAAGCGCACCACCGCCGAUGAGGGUGUCGCCGCUCUCUGGCGUGGUAACACUGCCAACGUCCUCCGUUAUUUCCCAACCCAGGCUCUCAACUUCGCUUUCCGCGACACCUUCAAGUCGAUGUUCGGCUACAAGAAGGAGCGUGACGGUUACGCGUGGUGGAUGGUUGGCAACUUGGCCUCCGGUGGUAUGGCCGGUGCCACUUCCCUCCUCUUCGUCUACUCCCUCGACUACGCCCGUACUCGUCUCGCCAACGACGCCAAGUCCGCCAAGAAGGGCGGUGAUGGCCAGCGCCAGUUCAACGGUCUCUUGGACGUCUACAAGAAGACCCUCGCCUCUGACGGUAUCCUCGGUCUGUACCGUGGUUUCGGUCCUUCCGUCGCUGGUAUCGUCGUCUACCGUGGUCUCUACUUCGGAAUGUACGAUUCGCUCAAGCCUGUCCUUCUCACCGGUAACCUCGAGGGCAACUUCCUCGCUUCUUUCUUGCUCGGAUGGACCGUCACCACUGGUGCCGGUAUUGCCUCUUACCCUCUCGACACCGUCCGCCGCCGCAUGAUGAUGACUUCCGGAGAGGCCGUCAAGUACAAGUCCUCGUUCGAUGCCGCCAGCCAGAUCGUCGCCAAGGAGGGUGUCAAGUCUCUCUUCAAGGGUGCCGGUGCCAACAUCCUCCGUGGUGUUGCUGGAGCUGGUGUGCUGUCCAUCUACGACCAGAUGCAGCUCCUCAUGUUCGGAAAGAAGUUCAAGUAAACAACUCGCCCCACGAGUUCAGGCCGCCAAAAGCAAAGACAAUACAGGGUGGCCUGUGAAAAUGGAGAGGAGGAGAGGAAGGUCUGCAUGCCUUUAGAAGAUUGCAGAUGGUGGAAAAGUGGUUUGCAUUGCUGCUCUGGGUUCUACGGGUGCCCUGGGCAGGAUGGUAUAUCAUGACUGCUGCGUUGCCAGCAGAGCGUGAUGCACGUGUACCAUUAGCCUGGGCAACACUGCCUGUAUUACAAUUGUCCUUUAACUACUGGCGUAUAGAGGUCUGUUCGCGG